AUGUUUCGUCUUGCAUUAACACGUCUUGUAGCAACUAGUAUAAUAACAAUUCGUCCUUCGAAAGUGAUUACUCAUCAUUAUCGUUAUUUUCUUCGUAAUAUUUCAUCACAAUCCAAUGAUAAUAUUCAACAAUCUCGAAUUCCUUUAGCUGAUAUAAAUCAAGGAGAAGAAUCUAAACGAAUGGGAGUUCAAUUUCGUUGUAAAGUAUGUAAUCACACAUUACAAAAAACUUUCACUCGUCAAUCAUAUGAAAAAGGAGUUGUAAUUAUUCGAUGUGAUUCAUGUACAAAUCUUCAUUUAAUUGCCGAUAAUCUAGGUUGGUUUAAAGAUCUAACAAAAGAUGGAAAAUUCAAAAAUAUUGCUCAAAUGCUUCAAGCAAAAGGUGAAACUAUACAUCGCAUAGCUGUUGCUCCUACUGAUGAUGAAUCAACAUUGAAAGAAGUAGAAGUAGAAGAAGAAACAAAAACAUUACCAUUGAGUGAUGGUAAAAUAACUACAUCAUAA